AUGCGUCGCAAUCAUCCUGAAGAAUGGAACCUCUUCCUUCUCGGUCUGGAAAGAUUCAAGACCAAAACCGACGAAGAUCAUCCGUUGUCGUACUUUCAGAUCGGAGGAAUCCAUGGCAAGCCAUUCACCACCUGGCCGAACAAAGGGUGGAACAACAAGAUGAAACCCGCCCCCGCGAACAGGAACCAGUGGGAAGGCUUUUGCACCCACAGCUCAAUCCUCUUCCUCCCCUGGCACCGUCCAUAUCUGGCUCUUUUCGAGACCGAACUUCGACGCCACGUCCAAGCCGUUGCCGAGGAGUUCACAGCAGAGGAAGGGUACGACAAGUACCACAAAGCCGCCCAGACGUUUCGUCUUCCGUACUGGGAUUGGGCCUUGCCCGCCGACCAGGACACCAGCGUAUUCCCCUGGGAAGCCCUCGCAGGAACCAAACACAACGUGAUCCGCCCCAAGAGUGGUGGUAAAACAACGCCAAUGGAGGAAAACCCCCUCGCCCGAUAUACGUUUGGCAAAGUCGCCAAAAGCUACGGGGAGCAGAUCGACUUGUUUGAUAUCGGAACCACUGUUCGAUACCCGAUCAAGCGUUCUGCCAAACAGGAUGAAGCGAAAAUGAAAGCCCAGUUGGUCGAGUUCGUUGCCGACCCCUCAAAGUGGGACGGGAAGAAAGGCAAGAAUCUGACAGAGCGUGUGCUUUUUCUGCUCCAGUCCUAUGAUUCCUUUGGGCCCGUCAGCUCCAACCUUUUCUACAAAGGGCAAAGUUUUGAAAACUGGGGAAGCCUCGAGGAUGUCCAUAACGCGAUCCACGUGUACACCGGGGGAGGCGGGCACAUGGGCGACACAGAGGUGGCUGCGUUCGAUCCUAUCUUCUGGCUACACCAUGCCAACAUCGACCGCCUUUAUGCUAUCUGGCAGGCCCUGUGGGACAAGGGUCAGACCAACCAGUAUGUCACGGCGCAAGCUGCCACGCAGAAUCAGGCUUCCAGUGGUGGGACAUGGUCAACGCCAUUCAAUGCGACCGAGACCAUCGACACGGCAUUGACCCCCUUCACCCGUUCCGAGGCAGGGGAUAUGUGGACCUCCAAGGACUCCCGAACCACCAAGACGUUCGGUUACGUCUAUCCCGAAACACGAGGCUGGAUUUUCGACACCAAGGAAAAGAUCUACCAGGAGCUGGACAAGGUCUACAAGACCGGCUCGUUGGCGAACACCGUGAAGAAGUCCACAAAGGCGCGCACCGCUGACACCGAGACGCUCCAGCUGCGUGCAAAGGCUCUCCUGGCGCAUGAUGCGGCACCGAAGCCAGCCCCCGUGGCAGAGGCGGCCUCUGCAGACGGCUCCGCGAGCAGUGCACCACAAGCCGUGCUGGCCGAUGCACCAGCCCAAGUCACUCUGCCUUCCGAACGCUCCUUGGGCGACCUGGUCAAGAACAAUAAAUACUUGGAAUGGCUCGUCAACAUCCGGGCCGAGAAGCACUCCUUGGGCGGGGACUUUGCUGUGCACGUCUUUCUCGACAGCCCCGACGACGCAAACUCGUACCUCUACCUCGCGGACCCCAGCCACGUGGCCAUGUUCUCGACCUUUGGCACGAACGAGCAGACCGGCUGCGGAAAAUGCAGAGAGGGCCAGGACGCGCAGAUCCUGGUGACGGGUCAGAUUCCUCUCACCAUCGCCCUCGUCGAGCGGUACCUGGCAGGCAAGCUCGACGGUAUCGCCUCGGAGGAUGUGAUCCCGUACCUGCAGCAGAACCUGCACUGGCGCGUGACGGACAAGGGCGGAGCGCGUCUUCAUCGCGGCGAUGUACGGGGCCUCCUGGUCACUGUGGUGAGCAAUGAAGUCACGCUGCCCGAGGACGAGUCGAUGCUGCCUCAGUACGCUCCCACGGUGACGCCGUGGCCAGCAGCUACUACCCGUGUGAACGGUGAGCCUCGUGGCCAAGGCACUGGCUACGUUGAAGGACAGCCCAUCGUCAUUGCGUAAACAGCUGAGAGGAUGAGACACGCUGGGCAGUCUCAUGUUAUAGCACAGAAAGGGUCUUUUUGACAGCAAUGGCUGGGACGAGGGAUGAAGCCAGGAGUCACAUCGAAGUACGAG